AUGACACUUAAGCAGCCUUACACUCUGACAAAGCUCCAUGAAAAAUAUGGAUCAAUAGUUCGAUACGGUCCAGACAAGCUGAGCAUUGCCGACGAAGAAGCCAUCAAAGCAAUAUAUCAAACAGGUGCACGGUACAUGCCAAAAACGGAGUUCUAUGAUGCAUAUGGGGCAGCACAUCCUAAUAUUUUCGGCAUGCGGGAUGAAACAGCUCACUCUAUCCGUCGGCGCCAUAUGUCUCACAGCUUUUCGAUGAGCUAUGUGAAGGAAAUGGAAGAGCAUCUCGAUGCGAAUAUCGAGAUCCUUCGAAAGAAGAUAGCAUCUCGCGCUUCAAAUGGCGAAGCAUUUGAUCUCAAGAAAUUCUUGCAUUACUAUGUCAUCGAUAUUCUCGGGGAAUUAGCCUUCAGCCAAACAUUUGGUCUUCAAAUGUCCAACGAUCAGAGCCAGGUUCCACCAGUGAUUGAACAUAGUCUCCUGGCAGCAGUGACAGGCGCCUGGCCCAUGAUGACAGCGCAACUGAAGCGAUGGCUUCCAUUUAUUCCCCAUAAGGGACUUCAGGCCCUUUUCAAGGGUCGUAAAGCUUGUGCGGAUCUUGCAUCGAGAUGCGUGGACGUACGGUUAAGAGCGAUUCGGAUGGCAGACACAAGCCAAUCUAAUGAAGUCAUAUCAGAACGGAAAGACAUCCUCACUAAUCUCAUUCUUGCUAAGCACCCAGAAACCGGUGAAAAGAUGACAAAAACGGAACUUGAAACAGAAGCAUUUGGAUUUAUUAUUGCUGGAACUCACACGACAAGUGCAACCACCACGUUACUAUUUUAUCACCUUUUACACAAUCCAGAUGUCAUGGCUAACUGCGUGGCCGAAAUUACGAAAAACUUGCCAGUACUCGACAAAAAUGAAAAAGCAUACUCUGUCACAUUAGUGGAAAGUUCUCUACCUUAUUUGAAGAAUUGCGUGAAAGAGAAUUUCCGCCUUACACCGGUCUUUACAAUGCCUCUUGCGAGACGUGUACUUAUGCCAGACGGUCUGACAGUCGCAGGAAAGCAUAUUCCCCACGCAACCUCAAUUGCCGUGUGUAAUCAUGUAUUCCAUCAUAAUCCUGCUGUCUGGGGGCCUGAGCACAAUGUCUACGAUCCAUCACGCUGGGAUAGCCCAGAGAUUGCGGAGAAAUCGCGACUGCUGAUGCACUUUGGUCUCGGGGGAAGACAGUGCAUUGGUAAAACCGUAGCCAUGACAAAUAUCUACAAGUUGAUGAGCACUCUACUGAGUGAGUUUGAGUUUGACCUGGCCGAUGAGACGAAGCGCGCGAUUGCGAAGGAAAAUGGCUUCUGCGGGGAGAUUCCCGACCUUAUUAGCGUAGGUAUCAGUGAUUUAGCCAUGCCUUUGAUGGUAAUUGCUCGGCAGCGAGACAGGGUCAUCGCCGAGUAA